GGUGUUUGGCGCUGAGGCCGAUGGCGGCGGCGCCCGUGGGUCGAAUGGCGUCUGCUCCCCCCGACCUGUCAACCUCGCACCGCCACGUUCUCCUCCCUUCCGCGCCUCCUACAGGACUCUCUCCCACCGAGUGAUGUUAUUGCUACCCAAGAGUAUGGCCCAAGCUGUCAAUGGACCGACAAUCUGUAAGACAGCGAACCAAAAAGCAUCCACUGCCCCAUUCGACGUCUCAGCAGUUGAGGUAUGAACGAGAGAGAUUGGAACUACAGAAAAGGGUCACAGAGCAGCUGGUGUCUGAUGUGCUUGGUUUAUACGAAAAGUCCCUAUUUGUGGACUUGAAGAUAGAGGCAUCACGAGGGAACAUUUACUGUCACCAGCUAUUCUUCGCUGCGCGGGUACCAGCUCUAUGGAAGCUCCUUCAGGAAAUCGCAAAGUUUCAACAAACAGAAAAGGCUCCCGCUGAGGAUUUGCUCUCAGUCCAGCUGCCUGACAUUGAGUAUCGUGAGCUUCAAGCGUUUAUUAGGACUCUUUACACUGAUGAUGCCAACCGGGCAGCUGGGAUAGGCCUAAGACGUAAACUAGAGGACAAGUUGGCAGUGCUACAGCAAAGGGCAUUGCUAUGCCAUAGACAGAUCCGCAUCGAGAAGCUUAGCAGCGACGAGGAGCAGCAUGUCCAGCAGUUCAUCCUGGAGCAGCUGCGACUUGGUCAGCUGAGUGAGCAGCGGGGCAAUGUCCAGGAUGUACAGAGGCUGUUCCGCUGCAAUGCCCCCCGCAGCCGACGCCAGACUAACCCACUUUCAGACUCAGACACAAACAGCACUGCCACGCUGACAACAGAAGUUACACAGUAUAAUCCUAACACAUCUAAAUCUGUGAGGCCCAAGUCUAGUCGAAGGAUUCCAGCUCAAAAACCAAAGUCGUUGGGAAACACAAUGAACAUUACAAACCAUUGUGUUCUAGGUAUUGGGAAAAGUGAAAUCAAAGAAAAACAGCAGCUAAAUAUUAGUAACGAAGUGUGUGGAGGUUGUGAUAAUAUUUAUAGUGGUAAUGAUCUAGGACAGUCAGACAGAGAGGGUAAAGUUUCCUCAAAAGGACCUCCAGUGCCAACUAAGCGAGCUUCUAAUGAUGAUACUUCUCCUACUGGACGGAUUUCCAACCAGGAAUCACCAGUUUUUAAUGUUUCUAUGAUAAAAGAGUUACAGACUUCUCCAAUGCAAGUAAGUGGGGAAUCGUUUCAAGACAAACUUCGCGAAAAGAAGGACCUCUCUCCUUCCCAGUCUCAGAAGUCUGCGAACUCAGAAUUUACCCAAGUGGAAAAUGUGUAUCGGCAGGAUAAUGUAGUUUGUACGAAUGGAGAUAUAGGUUCUCACCACGACGAAAAUAUUAGAACAAAAGGAAAAGCUCACAAGUACGGUGCCAUGUCCAGCACCAGAGAAAAUGCUUCACUUCAUCAGGCCAAUGCAUUGUUGAAACAGCAGCAGCAGCACCCGCAUGUUCAGCCUACCUCUUCUUCAAAGCAAGGUUUUCAGCAGAAAAGUCAGUCCUUUGGUGCAGAGUCUCAAGACAGUGGCGAUUUUGACAAUGCCAGUGCAAGUAACAGUGGAAGUGAACAUCGCCUGAGUCACCUGCAUGAAACUUCAAGCCUUGAGGUGGAGCUUCCAAGCAGCCAUGAAGAAAAUUCUAGUAGUCAGGAUUCAGAGGGAAGCCCUACAGGUGCUGGCAGGAGAUGGAAGUCAGAAAAUCGUGAGGGAGUCUACAAUCAUGACACAGGAGAACAGAAUGAUCUGAAUGAAUCAGAAGAAUCUAUGCAACCCAGAAGACCACUUGUAAGAGCACGAACAUUUGAAGUGUUUGAUCCAAUCAUCAGUGGUGCUAUACAACAUCAGGAUCCUGCUGAAAAAAUGGAUGAUCAGCCUAAAAGGUCCAACCCCAACAGAGGAGAUGAUGGAGUGGCAGCUGAAAUAUCAGGCAAUCCUCAUGUCAGUUUCAGUUCAGCUAAGGGCAUCCCAGCUUCCCGCUCUGAGGAGAGAUAUAGCACAGGGAAUGGAAAAGAGCGCAAAAUUUCAGAUGAAAUUGUAGGUCCUUAUCCAGACAACAUAGAAGAUCCAGAAAAAUUAAGAGAGAUGGAAAGAAAGAAAGGCUCACUUUUGUUCGAGCACAACUUUCAAACAUACUCAAACAUUCCUACAACAAAUAUGAUGACUGCUAGUAUGAUGACAGCUAGUAUGAGUUCCGAGAGUAGUAUGGGAAUACCCUCUUUGUACAGCAGCAUGAUUGACAGUGCUAUGCUUGGCAGUAUUCAUUCUCUAGGUGCUUUAGAAGCACCCAUCGUUGACCCUAUACCUCGACCAGCAUCUGUUGGUUUACCAGUAAUGCAUCAAAUAGAGGAUCCAAAUCCCGAGCUCACUAGUGUUACAGGUCACCGUCCAGAACUUAAAGGUCAGUGCACAGAGCAAAUGACACACGAGUUUCAAAGGGAAAUGGCAAGAAGGGAGCAAGGCUCUCGUUCACCAUCACCUGAUUCACUCAGUGUUGAUUUUGCAGCUAAGAGAGAAGCAGAGGCCCUUUACAGAGCUAAAGCCUCACAGGAGAGACAAUUAAGAAAAUCUGUGGAUGGUGGCAUAUCCCAUGUGAAGAAAGAGGAGAUGGAUACUGAGGAGAAAGAACAGGAUGAUAGAGAAAAUGAAAGCAGAAGUAGUGAUUCCAACCCAAGUGAGGGAAAGAAUGAAGACAAAGGUGAAGCCAGGGAAACAAGAGUAGAGGACCACCAGCUGAGUUCUCUGGGUAUGGCAACAGGAAGUCCAAGGCUAAGUAGACUAGGGGAAAAUAAACCCAUUGUAUCUGGAGGCUCCACACUCAAGAGAGAAAAGGAGGCCAAGGAGAUGAAACCUAUUCCUAAGAGUGAAAGACAAGUGAGCAUGGGUGCUGUCAAGGAUGUUGAUGCUAUUCCUCUUGUGUUUGGAUUUAUUGGCCCUCAGGAUGAAGAGGAAUCAGGCAAGUCUAAAGAUGAGUCAAAGAAAGAAGCUAAAGAAGAGGAGGAAGAAAAACAACCACAGAGUAUUUUCCCCAUGUUCAUUGACCUAAAUGAGAUCCCUUCUCCAGCAAAAGAAAAUCCUAAAGAAACAGAGAAGAAGGAAGGAGGCAAAGCUAAGGCUCCUUCAUCUUCAGUCUACAUGUACAUAGAGGCUGACACUCCUUCUCCCAAAGUCAGAAGAAAGAGAAAAUCUGAGAGUGAUAGCACAGCACUCUCAAAGUCUGUGGAAGCUCAUCCAGAAGCUGAAUUUGCAUCUCUGCCUCCUGUCUUGGGGGCGGCUGCAGAAAAUAAACACAAACAAUCAGAAGUCAAAACAGAGGAUGCAAAUGAGACCUCUGAUGGUGGUGCUGGGAGUGCAGGUGAUGGAAAUGGUAGCAAAGAAAAGAAAGGAUUUUUUGUAUUUAUUGAAGCUGAUUCUCCAGCAAAGACUGGAUCACCUAAGCCUAGAAGGCGUCCAUUGCCACCAGCCAAAAAGAAAAACGAAGCCCCCAAUCCUAUGUCAAGAUCAGCUCCAAGUGAUUCACUUGUGUUUUCAAGCCAAGAUAGCCCAAGCAAAUUAAUGACAAAAUCGGUGAUAGAUAGAGAUGAAUUCAUAGCCCAGCCUCCAGCAAGAAAGAAUGUCAGCCUGAAUGACAAAAUUAAUGAAUCAUCCAGUGGAAAAGAUACUCCAUUUGUGUCUGGCAUCCCAAGACCUAUUCGUACCUUGAAGUCCCAAGCAUCAACCAAGACUAGCAAAGCAAAGCCUUCCCCGCACAAGAGAAACACAGGUACUCACAGAGACAGUUCACACACCAAAGAUGAGCCAUCUGAAACUAAUGACAUGGCCACAAGUAGAGACAUUUCAAUCUCUGAACUAGGGCCAUCUCAGAGCAUAUCAUUCAGCGAUGUGAUGUCCACAAGCCUUCCUCAAGAGACAGACGGGGCUUCUGAGGUGUCGGAUGUGAGCAGUCUUCUCAGCAGCAUUGAACGCUCAAAUGAACCAUCUGACCAGCCAGGAUCAGAUCCACAUUCAAGAUUAGGAGAAGAUUUGUUGCGCAUGUUUGAGAACGAGAUCAACACUGAUGUAACAAUACAGAUUGGUGAGAAACGUAUCCGGGCCCACAAAUGCAUUUUGGCUUCCCGUUGUGUCUACUUUGCUGCCAUGCUCUCAGGACAUUGGGUGGAAAGUGCAGGAAAUGUGAUAAAACUUCAAGGGUUUUCACCUGACUGUGUAACAGUAGCCCUGAAGCACAUCUACAGUGGCAGUAGCACAGUGCCAGAAGGGGUGAGAGUGGGAGAGUUGGCAGCACUUGCUGACAUGUUAGCAUUAGAUGGACUGAAAGAUGUCAUCUCUUUACAUCUGAAAGCCAAGAUGUGUCAUUACUUCCACAAGCCUUGCUCGGGAUGUCUAGAAGGAGUCCUGGAUGUCUUGCCUAUAGCUGGUGCAUACUGCCUCGAUGAGCUAUAUCAUCGUUGCUUGCGAUGGGUUGCCAAGCACUUUGUUGUUGUGUUACCAACGCGAAAUUUUGCUGCUUUACCUCCUGAGGUGCAGGAUAGAUGCCUUAAACAGAUAUUAGAUGACAUGAGUGUAGGUAACGUGAUAGACACUGCCUUAGGAUGCGAGAGAGUGCUUUCAUCUUUGCCCAUGGUGAGAUGGUCACAGCCAGUAUUUGAUGCCGCUGCCCAGUUGCUGGAGUCUGCCACUAGUUUCAUUGCUGCCAACCUUAGUGGAGUGUUGUCAUCAGAGAGGUUCUUGGCCUUAGGAAAGGAUAGUGGAUGGAAUAUUGACAGUUUAGAGGAAACAAUGCGUGUAGCAUGUGAGUUGGUGAGACCUGACCAAGCUGUUUUGUCUCAUCUGCAACUUGCUAAGCUACUUGAACAAAAUGAAGAAGAUGGACUUGGUGAUGUUUCAGAGAGCUUCCUGAACUUCUUGGAAAACUUGUUGAAUCAAGUUGAGAAGUUCAUGAUACACAAUGCAAACCGUGUAGCUGUUUGCCGGAAAUGGCCUUUGUUAUCAACCAGUACACAACGAAGAAUCAAAGAUGCUGCAAUGGUGAUUGUAGAAUUCUCUAGACCCACUGUCCCCAGGCCAAAGCUUUCUUCAGCAAAUAGGAGAACCAGAGGAAGUAGCAGUGAUGGCAGUAGUGGGGUCGCCUGUCGAGGAGCAGACCACAGGUUAAUGCGUAGCGCCAGUGCGACUGCUGUGCCAUCUUCUCAGAGAGUUGGCCCACGAAGACCACCUUCAUCAGGCCAGGACCCCACUCGCUGCCAGACACCCGAC